GAAGGGUUGGGAACUUUGAAUCCAAUUUUGAAGCCCCAAAAGCAGAAAAAGAGAAAUAUGCCAACAGUGUGGUUUUCCUUGAAGAGAUCUCUACACUGCAAAUCAGAACCAUCAGAUGUUCAUGACCCAAAAUCAGGGAAACAUUUGAGCACAAUCUUGACAAGGAAAGCGGGAAGGUCUGGCUGUUCAAGGUCUAUUGCAAAUCUCAAAGAUGUUAUUCAUGGAAGCAAGAGACACCACUUGGAUAAACCCCCAAGUUGCAGCCCAAGAUCUAUUGGUAGCAGUGAGUUCCUAAACCCAAUGACCCAUGAAGUGAUACUGAGCAACUCAAGAUGUGAGCUCAAAAUCACUGGUUUUGGUGGGUUCCAAGAAGGUGUUCCAAGUGCUGAUAGUAAUGGGUCUAACAAUGGUGGAAGUGUAAGUAGUGGUGGAGGUGGUUCAACAUUUGUGGGUACUUUAAGGCCUGGAACUCCUGGUCCUGGACCUGGAGGAAACCCAACAAUGCACUAUUCUAAUCCUUCAUUUAAAGCAUCAGCAACGCCUCAAAGAAAGUCUCCAUUUUCAUUGUCUGAUAGACAAGGGAGUGUUUCUGUUCCUUCAAGCAGAAGGGUCUCUCUUGAGACUGACUCUAAUGGGUCAUCUGCAAUUUCUUGCCAUAAAUGUGGAGAACAGUUCAGUAAAUGGGAUGCUGCUGAAGCACACCAUCUCUCUAAGCAUGCUGUCACAGAACUUGUUGAAGGUGAUUCAUCUAGAAAAAUUGUAGAGAUAAUAUGCAGGACAAGCUGGUCAAAGAGUGAGAACCAUUGUGGCAGGAUUGAGAGAGUAUUGAAAGUCCACAAUAUGCAGAAAACUCUAGCUAGAUUUGAAGAUUACAGAGAAAUGGUGAAGAUUAAAGCCAGUAAGCUCCAAAAGAAACACCCUAGAUGCCUUGCUGAUGGGAAUGAACUGUUAAGGUUCUAUGGCACAACUGUGGCUUGCAAUCUUGGCCUAAAUGGUUCAUCUAGUCUUUGUGGAUCUGAAAAAUGUUGUGUGUGUCGAAUAAUUCGAAAUGGGUUCUCUGCGAAGAAAGAACUCAAAGAAGAAAUUGGUGUUUUCACAACUUGUACUAGUGGAAGGGCAUUUGAAUCCAUUGAAGCAGUUGAAGAUGACCCAAGUAUAAGAAGAGCUUUGGUUGUUUGUAGAGUGAUUGCAGGGAGGGUUCAUAGGCCAUUGGAGAAUAUACAAGAAAUAGCAGGCCAAACUGGGUUUGAUUCAUUGGCUGGUAAAGUGGGUCUCUACUCAAAUAUUGAAGAGCUUUAUCUUCUAAACCCUAAAGCCCUCCUUCCUUGCUUUGUGGUUAUAUGCAAACCCUGAAGAUAGAAAGAAAGAAAGAUUGCAAAUUCGCAUCCAAUUUUGAUACAGAAAGUUGUGUGAAUCCUGUUUUGAACUUUUUGUUUCUUCUUUGUAGCUUCUUGUUCCACUUGUUAGUAUUGCUUUCCUGAUGGUUUUUUCUUGUAACGUAGAAUCUACCCAGCUGUCUACCGAACAAUUACAUGAAAGACCUUGCAACCUUCAUGGAUCAAUCGAGACUUGGGCCGAGGCCUUGUGCUUUCCUGGUUGAUUAUGUAUUCUGCCUCCUCUUCUUACAUUAGCAUUGCUCAUGCUCAUGCUCAUGCUCAUUGAGUUCACCCACCCUUGAUGACUAAGUAACAGAAAAUUCAAAUAUGAAUUUUCAAGUGUUUUUACAUGUGAUCCAUAUUGGAGAUUAUGCUCCAAACAAAGGAUGCAAAGCCAAAGACAAAAAUCAAAGGGGGAUACAUGUUCUGUGCUCAC